AUGGCAGUGAAAGCCCCUCAUCCUCCUACCCGUUCAACCCCCUCCGCAAUCAAGCAAUUCUCCAACUUCACCCGCACAGGAGCAGGCCUCGAGAAAACACUCCGACUCAUUCAGGCCCUCGCAACAAUCGUUAUCGAAACCAGCAUCGACAAUGAAACAGUCACGACCUGGUCAACCGCCAAGUCGCAAUUAGCGCUAACCCGCCGCUUCUUCCGCUUCUUUAACUUCCUCGACUGUUUCGAGCGGGUGUUUGCCCUCCUCGGCAGUAGCAGUAGCAGUUCUGCAGCUGGCGGGUUUCCGACAACGCUGAUCGAGCUCGGCCGCUGGACUUGUUUAGGGCUGUAUUUUCUGUUGGAGGAUUGUACUAUCCUACAUGCGAUGAAAGUCUACCCCGUGUACUGGAAUAAGCCCGUUCUCGUUGAGGCCUACAAAUUCUGGUUCUACGCGUUGGCGUUAUCGAUCGUCGGGGCUAUGUGGGGCCUACUGUUUGCUUCUGAUUCUGCUUCUGUGGGUAAGGUGCAGCAGGAUGAGAAGAAGGGCGCUGGUAGCAAGGAGAGGAAGGAUGGGGGCUCCGGACCCCUAAUGAAGCGGAUUGUGGUUGAUGGCUGUGAUUUGUUGAUUCCUGGAGUAUUUUUGGGAUGGAUCCAGGUGAGUGAGGUUGUCGUGGGCAUGGCGAUGGUGGUGAGUACACUCGUUGCGGGGAGAGAUAUUUGGAUCAAGGCUCAGCAAGCAUGA